CGGUUCCCCCCGCCACUGCCAUUUUCCAUCUCGAGCACAAUGAAGACGUGCGGGGUUCCAGUUCUGUUGGUGUCCCUAGUCCUGUUGGCUCUUGCGACUAUCGUCGAGGCCGACUGCAAUUCCUGCGUGUACAAUGGAGAGUGCAGCACUGCCUACCGCGGGACCCCGGGCCGAUCCUGCGGGGUCGUUGCCGGCAAAACGUGUUGCUGCCCCCAAAGUGCUCAAUGUGCCACGACGCCGUACGACUGCCGCUGUGCCGCAGCCCCUGCUCCCUAUCGCCCCAACAACGGAUCCACCACCACGAUUAUCGGCACCAUUUCAUCCCUUAUUUUCUUCACUUGCCUAGCAUGGUGCCUCUGCCGCUGCUGCUGUCGCAACGAUGAUCAUGAAUACGUCGCUCAGCCACAAUACAUUCCCGUUGCCCAACAAACGAACCAGUACGGUCAACCGGUGUACGUGAAUCAACAACCGGUGUAUGCGGCCCAACAACCCGUGUACAUGGCGCCCCCUCAGCCGGUGGUGUACCAAACGUAUCAGUCGGGCUACGGUGUGGGAACAGGCGCCGCCGUCGGAGCUGCUGCAGGUCUCGCGACUGGUGUGGCGAUCGGAGAAGCCAUGCACCAUCACGAUGGAGGAUACGAUGGAGGGUACAACAACACUACGUUUGCCGGGGAUACUGGCAACAACACGUUUGCUGGCGACUCGGGCGACAAUGGCGGCGGUGAUUUCGCCGGCGACUUUUAGACGCAAACGCAAUAGAGGUCAUCACAGUGCCUUCUUACUUACAUCUGUCUUCGUAUUCCCGUG